GUUAUAAUGAUAAAAACAUCACGUUAUAACCAGAAAAACAUCAAGUUAUAACAAUAAAAACAUCAAGUUAUAAUGAUAAAAACAUCACUUUAUAACGAUAAAAACAUCACGGUACAAUCAGAAAAAAAGUUAUAACGAGAAAGACAUCGUUAUAAUGAUAAAAACAUCACGUUAUAACCAGAAAAACAUCACGUUAUAACGAGAAAAAAACAUUAUAACGAGAAAAACAUUGUUAUAACAAUAAAAACAUCACGUUAUAACCAGAAAAACAUCACGUUAUAAUCAGAAAAACAUUGUUAUGACAAUAAAAACCUCAAGUUAUAGCGAUAAAAACAUCACGUUAUAACCAGAAAAACAUCACGUUAUAACCAGAAAAAAGUUAUAACAAUAAAAACAUCAAGUUAUAACGAUAAAAACAUCAUGUGAUAACCAGAAAAAAAUGCCACAACCAGAAAAAAUGUUAUAACGACAAAAACAUCAUGUUAUAAUGACAAAAACAUAACGUCAUAAUGAGAAAAACAUCACUUUAAAACAAGACAAGAAUCACGUUAUAACAACAAAAGCAUCACAUCAAAUGAGAAAAACAUCACAUUAUAACGUCAAAAACAUCAAAUUAUAAUGUCCGAAACAUUAUGUUAUAACAAGAAAAAAAAACAUGUUAUACGAGAAAAACAUCAUGUUAUAACCAGAAAAUGACACACUUCCUGAACUCUCUCUGACUCAUACUUUUCUUUUUUUUUUAAAGGACAGAAAAGUAAAAAGAAUUAUUUUUUGAAAAAAAUUAAGAGGAAAUGAAUAGUCUUUUUUUUUGCGAGCAGUCACACAAACAACUGACAUGCAGUCUUUCGCUGAAGAUAAUAAGGCUGAUGACAUGGUCCAUAGGUGCCGUUUUAUAGUCACGCGACAUGUGAAAUUGCCACAUCACCUGACCAUGGCAGGCCUACAAAUAGGCGUGAUUUCACACACUUCAGAUGCCGGUCACGCAUGAGGGCACUUCCCACAGUGUGAAGCUCACGCAACGUUGAGUUCCCUUUGAAAGGGAACAUCCCGUUAUAACUACAAAAACAUCAUGCUAUAAUGAGAAAAUAUCAGGUUAUUCCUUAAUUUCUGUCAUUUUCUGUCUAAUCUUUGCCAUUUGUAGUUUUCUUGUAAUAUCAUGAUGAUUUUCUCUUCAUAAGACUCUGUUUUUCUCAUAAUAACAAGUUGUUUUUCUUGUUACAAUGUGAUGUUUAUUUCUCAGUAUACUGAGAUGUUAUAGAUGAUGUUAAAGACAGGAUGGUGAGAGGUGUAUAUAAGCUGCUAUAAUGUAAAUGAUAGUGCAAGUUGCUAUUUUUUGUCUAUUGCAACAAUGAAAAGUUGCCAUUCAAAUAUUUUAAUUGAAAAACAUGCUGUUUUUCUUCUUUGCAACCCAAUUUGCAGUCUGAUUAAUUGGGAGGUAAACCUAAUUUAUUGGAAGUGCUUGAUAUCACUGGGGGUUUUUUUGGUUGAAAAAUUGGAAACUCCACUGUGACCAAAAAUUAUUUUCCCACAGGAUUACUUAUAAAACUAGCAAGAAUAUAUCUGUACAGUACCUUUUUUUCUGACAGUACCCUUAUCUGUGCUACAUUUACUGUGGCUCGGCCUGUAUUUCCCACAUGAUUUCCCCACAUGGCUCACUUGUUAAAGAAUUCGAAUAGCUCCGGUGUACAGCAUCAGCACUGAUAAUGAUAUUUUGAGCAUUGAUAGCUAUGACCUGGCUUUUCUUCUCUCCAGCCACCAUUCCAUCCUGUAGCAGCUGCAAGUCAGAGUCGGUGAGAGACAGAUUUAUUAUCACACUUCCUUACUCAGGCUUCAAUUUCAUGCCUGUCCUGAGCUCUAAUUCACACACUGUGUUGAAGGUCAUGUAUUUCUUCUUUAAAUAGUGGGUGCCAAAAUAGUGCCCAGGAAAAUGUUAGCAAGUCUAAAAACACAGUGUCAAUCAAAUAACAGAGAAAAGCACAAAUCUGACAUGUAUACCAUUCACCACCAGCAGUUCCAGUAGCAUAAAUUUGGGCUGUAUUUCAGAGUUGAGAAGAUGGCAGAUGGGGGAACAUCCUAUCAUAAACAAAGAAUCAAACACUGCUGACGAGUUUGUAAAUUGGAUUCUGUUUCUGACUGGCAUUUUAUGAGAAAUGAAAAGAUACCGCUAAGUCUUUUGAUGUGGACAGAACUAAAUAAUAACUUUUUGAUAGCUUAGCAGGUGCUCUUAGAGGUCAUACAGGUGAUUAGCAAUUAUGUUACUCUAUGUCCAAAGAGCUUUUAAAAAUCAGGGAAAAUGGUGGAAAUGCUUGGGAGCACAUCUACAUUUACACAGCCGGGGGGGGGGGACGGACGAAUUAUUUUUUAAAUUUGUUGUUUAAAUCUCAUUAAAUUGCUCUGGAAAUACCAUAAAAUCAUUCCCAUGGAGAAAGCAAAGGCUUAAAACAAAUCUUUAAGUUUAAAAUGGAUCUUUUUAAAUAUUUUUUAUUUUUACCUCAGGAAUAUGUUUAAUAUUUUCCUAAAUGUGCACAAUGUUUAUCUCAGGUACAUGUAUAACUGUUACUUCAUGAACACAUUAUUUUAACCUCAGGAACAUAUAUAACUUUUACCACUGGAACAUGUUUAACUUGUAUCUCAGGAACAUGUUUAUCAUUUUCUUCAGGAACUUCAGGAAAUGUGUAACAUUUUCUUCAGUAAAAUGACCUGAGAUAAAAGUUGUACACAUUAUACACAUCAGGAACAUGUGUAAUGGUUACUUCAAGAAGAUAUUAUUUUUAUCUCAGGAAAAUAUGUAACUUUUACCACUGGAGCAUGUUUAACUUUUACCUCAGGACCAUGUUUAAGUUUUAACUCAGGAACUUGUUUAACUUUUACUUCAGGAAAUUGUUUAACUUUUACCUCAGGACCUUAUUUAACUUUUACCUCAGGAAUAUGUGCAGCUUCAUGAACCAGAUGUCUAGAUAGUCUAUUAUCGCCUGAAUUAAUAUGAAAUAGUAUGCAUAAGGAUUGGCACCCUGUCCAAGGUGUACCCUGCCUUGUGCCCGAUGCUCCCUGGGAUUCCCUGUGACCCUGAAAAGGAUAAGUGGUAUAGAGAAUGGAUGGAUUGAUGGAGUAUGCAUAAGGAAUAAAGACAACAGGAUAUUAUGUUAUAUGAAACAUAUUCAACAACAGGGUGGUGUGAUGAAGCAGAGUUACUUUUACCACCCUGAAAUUGAUUAUUUUCUUAUAACACCAUUUUACUAAGUGUUUUAUUUGUCUUAUAACACAGAAAUUUGCCAAUGAUUACAAUUUUUCAUUUUUAACUGACGGUCAUGCUUUUUAUCCACUUAUAGUUUGAUUUAAUGCUGUGGAACAUUGCUUAAGCAAGUUUGUUUCUGUUAUAACUUACAUUAUAGUAGCUAUAAACCAUAUAUUUCUCUCACCAGCCUUUUUUUUCACUCUCUUAAAGGUAAUAAGAGAAAAAAAAACACAGGUCACAUUGGAGACUUCUCACCAAAAUAUUUCACGAUUAUACAUUUUAAAAUCUGUUUAUGUGGAGCAUCCGAAAUACAAGAUACAAGUCCCUUUGUAAGUUUUUACUAUAGAAAUGAUAAUGUAUUGGAAAAUGGCUUUAAUAUAGACCUGUGAUUUUAACUAUUGUCAAAGCUGCUGUUGUAGAAAAUUAAUCAAUGCCUUCUGACCAAUCAGAAUCAAGAAUUCAACAGCACUUAUAGAUGAUCCCAAGGUUAUAAAUGAGUGUUUAAUUAACACUAAACAUCUUUCAGUGCUUAUCGCUGGUCUUAACUUUUGGAUGUCUUUGACAUUUAGUCUCUUUUCAAUAUUGUUUUCUGUAGUUUUAUAGAAUAUGUUUAUAUAUGUUUUUUUUAACCGUAGGAAUGGCAUUCCGUUGCAGCCUUGUUGCUGUCAAACUAAUUCCGUCCUCUUCUGAUGAGAGUUGGAUGCAUUUUGGGAAUCCUUCCACAAUGUAAUAUCUCUCCAGAGUGUGACUGAAGAGCUGUAAUGAGCUCCAAGGCUAAGCUCUAAAUUUGCCCCUCACUCUAGCACAUUCACACCCAAAAUCCCUCAGCACAUAAUCUCCAGAGUUCUUUCAUCUUUCCCAAAUGAUUUCCUUUUUCCUUUCUGUUCAGCACAAUUGUUCACUAAUAGUCAUUAAGCUUUUCAACUGUAAGCAGAAUGAACCUCGUCUCAGACGGAUUCGCAUCUAGAGUUAGCUCAGGGGAUGACAAUUAGCUCCAAAGAGCACAAAUCUGUUUGAUAUGAUGUGCUGUCACAAAAUGAAAAGCAAGCAUCAUUUUAGGUUAUAAGCGCCUGCUUCCAGAAUGUGUUUUGGUAAUUUAUAGACCAUGAUUUGCUCUCUAUGUUACAUGAACUGCUAAUAACCUGAUACAUCUCACGCUUUUCUGAAAUGAAACUGUUAUUCAGACUCAUUUUCUUAUGUUUUAAAAAGUGUUUUUGAAGUGUUUUGGAAGCCCUCAUGGCAAUUACAUAAGAAGGUUGUUUUUUUCACAUGUAAGGCAGAUAAACAUGUUAGUUUAAUUCUAAUACAGAAUUUCUAAUGAUGUGUCAUUCAUCAGUGAGCUGGUUCCUUGAAUUGACUCUUUUAGGUGAGCACUUUUUACUUUUUCUUUGUUGUGUAGAUGUCAGCAAUGCCGAUGCUCUUACCAAUUAAUUUAAUCAAAUUACUUCCAUGGAAACCUCUUUUCAGCAUCUGAGUUUUUUGUUAGUGUGAAUGCUGAGCCAUGUGUUUGCCUCUCAGCUGUGUUUAUGAGGGCUGCUUGUUAAAGAUGCAAUCAGUUAUCAGAAUAAAUAGAAAUAAAUCUCCUUAAUGAAGCCCAGACAGCAGGAACAAUGCAAGAGUGCUUACACGGUUGAAGUGCAUUGCUGAUUUUUAAAUAUUUAAAUAGUUUUUUAAAAGUUUUUUUUAAAAAUAAACCUGGAGCAUAUCCCAGGAGUCAUGGGGCACAAAGCAGGGGACACCCUAGACAGGGCACGAUCACACACUACAGACACUUUUGGACUGGGGAGGAGACUCGAGCAAACUCUACACACAGGGCCACGGCCAGAAUCAAUCCCCAAUGCUGGAGGUAUGAGGCAAACACGCUAACAACUAAGCCACCAUGCCCAAUUGAAUUUCUAGUUCAUAUUUAUUUCUAAAGACAGAUUUUCUGUUGAAUCCACUCAAAAUAUUCUAUUUAAUCAAAAUAUUUGAAGUAGAGCUUUGCCACCUCACAGCUCCAGGUGCAAUCCUUAACUUGGAUAAUUUUCUAUGGAAAUAUGUAUGCUCCCUCCAUGUCCACUUGUGUGUCCUCCAGGUUCUCCGGAUUCCUCCUACAUUCCAAAAACCUGCCAUUAGGUGGAUUGGCUAUGCUAGGUGUGAAUGAGUGUGUGAUUGUGUGGGCAUGGUGUCCUGCGAUGGACUGACAUCCCAUCCACAGUGUACUCCCACCUUGCACCCAGUGUUCCCAGUGGACUCUGAACCAUUUUUUUCCUAAGAGGAACAUCUUCCACCAGCUGAUUUGAAAGUGAUCUUUGGAAUUAAUAGUAAUGUUCUGUUAGACGUGUAUUUAGAUAUUAGGCACUCCUAAAUUAGCUGAUGGAAAGCACCUCUUGCUACAGCUGUAUAUGAUGACUUGACUCAGAAUUACACCACCCUCUGCUGGACAAAAAGUUUUGAGUCGCUUUAUAAUACUAAACCUAUUAGCGAAUCUGUCCUCAUUACCUCUUCCUUUGCUCUAUAGGCCUGUUGUCUUGCAGUGUUUCUUGUUUGCAGAUUAUACCUGGCCCUUCCCAUCUGCUCUAUGUCCUAUCUGGAUCUACCUGGACGUGCUGUUCUCCACAGCCUCCAUCAUGCACCUGUGUGCCAUCUCUCUGGACCGUUACGUCGCCAUCCGCAAUCCCAUCCAGCACAGCCGCACCAACUCCCGAGCCCGAGCCCGGGUUAAGAUCACAGCUGUGUGGACCAUCUCUGUGGGAAUCUCCAUGCCUGUCCCAGUUCUUGGCCUCCACGAUCGCUCCAAAGUCUUCAAAGAUGGCAGCUGUCAGCUGACAGAUGACAGUUUUGUCCUGAUCGGCUCUUUCGUAGCGUUUUUCAUCCCACUCCUUGUCAUGGUGGUGACGUAUUUCCUGACGAUCAGUGCUCUGCAAAGCCAGGCCACACUAUGUCUGGACCAGCUCAUAGCACGUCCCAAGUGGCUGUCCAUGCUGGAUCUUCUCCCUCGAGGCUCUCUUUCCUCUGAGCGCUUAUUCUCUCGGACCUCGCUUUGCCCUGACACUAUUGUCCCGUCCACCAGGCCGUUCAUCCGCCGCACUGCACAGUCCAUCAACAAUGAGCAGAAGGCUUCCAAAGUCCUUGGUGUGGUCUUUUUCCUGUUUGUAGUCAUGUGGUGUCCGUUCUUCAUUACAAACGUCAUGGCGGUGACGUGUGCCUCUUCAGCGUGCAACCCGUCGCUCAUGACCAGCCUGCUUAACGUAUUUGUAUGGGUGGGGUACCUGUCUUCUGCAGUUAACCCACUCAUCUACACACUCUUCAAUAAGACGUACCGCGCAGCAUUCGCCCGCUACAUGUGCUGCCGAUAUCAUGAGCCAAGCAGGCCGCUCCAGGUCAUCCUGGUCAACACAAUCCCUCCUUUGGCUUUCCACUCCUCCAAAUUUCCACUUCAGGGAGACGAUUCUUUAAGACAUUCAAAAGAGGACAGCGAAUUUGGGACAUCUUCCUACAUGAACCAGGUAGAAUCUCUGAACAAGCAUGGAGGAGAUGAGAUGGUGAGUCAUGUCUGAAAUCAAAAUGGUUGCAUUUAUGUUAUGGACAUAAGGAUUGCUCAGGCUCCAGGAUUCAGGAAAUAGUGCUACAGAUUCUCAAGGACUAAUACAGCGAAUAUGCCAUCUAUAUAUAACACUUUUUAGUAAAUGCAAUUUUACAGUGGUGUUGUUGUUGUUUAAAGAUGGUCCCAGAGGUGGGCUGCUCACUGCAGCAAUUCUUUGGGACUUGCCUUUUAAUGAAAAAGUGUCUGGCUGGGAAACACAUUCUGAAAAUAUGAGACUUUGCUGCCUCAUUAUUUAUUUAUACAUGUGCACUGAAAUUGUCUUUUGUUCUUUUGUGCAUUGCCAAUUUGAUAGCUAGCUUUCUGACUUAUUCAUCCAACUGACCCUCUUUUGCAUAAUCUGAUUUCUCAAGGGUUCAUAUUGAUUUUUUUUUUCAGGAUGAACUGAAAGCUGAUUAGAAUAGCAUUUGAGUUAAAUGCGCUUUUACAGUCAUGGGUUCACAAUCCUGGGGGAAAUUUAAUAUUGAGGGAUUUAAAGGAUUUUAUGGAUUGUAUUUUCAGUAUCCUGGGAAACAAUAUUUAAUGGAUUAUGAACUCUGUGUGACAAUAAAUACCUGUGCAUAAAUUUGAAAUGUAUGUGGGUAUGUAAAUAGAAUAAACUGGAUGGGAGCACUUAAUGUGUCUGGGCAAAUAAUAAGGAAUAAAACACUUGGGGGUGUGCUGUUAAGGAAAACAAUCAGCGACAGGGUGGUGUGAAGAAGCAAAGUUACUGUUACACCACAAAGUUGAUUAAUUUCCAAUAAUAGCACUUUCUGGAAUGUUUUUUUUUUUUGAGUUGUUACUGUAAUGUAGAAAUGAUCAUAUUCACUGGGUGGAAGGGGCAUACUCUCUGUCCUGUCAAUCACAGUGACACUAGCUAACACAUGGCUGUACCAACAAAAAAAGGUUUAAAAUGAAUCCAAAUGCAAGAAACCCAUUCUAAAUUACACCUAGUUGCCAGUUUAUUAGUCACUACCUAUUAAACUGGAAACUCUGCUUUCAUGGGAAAAAAUAUAGACUGAGUUGCCCCAAUAAACCCGGUAGGGAUAUUAUGAAAACUCUGGUUGGAGUAUUAUAGUUGGAAUCUAGAGCAAUUCGGUUUAGAUAAAGUCUAUAAAAGGUCCAGCAGGAUUCUUUCCUAAUCAGACCUUGUGCUGCUGAUAAUUAAACCAUCAGAUAUGUAUGGCUCUACAUCGUUCACACAGCGGGUAAGCUGGCUUUGCUUUAUAUACAUACUCAUCUGCCACUUUUUUCAGUCAUGUGACUAUCCAGUCAACCAGUCAUAGAGGUCAAGAGCUUCAGUUUGUGUUCACAUCAGAUGUCAGAAUGGGGGGAAAUGUGAUCUCAAUGACUUUGACCGUGACAUGGUUGUUGCUGCCAGGUGGGCUGGUUUGAGUAUUUCAGAAAAUCUUCUUGGAUUUUUGCACACAACACAGAAUGGUAUGAAAAACAAACAAACAAAAAACAUCCAGUGAGCGGAAGUUCUGCAGGGUGAAAUGCCUUGUUGAUGAAAGAGGUCAGAGGAGAAUGGCCAGACUGGUUCAAGCUGACAGGAAGUGCUAUGGUAACUCAAAUAACCACUCUUUAUAACCGUUGUGAGCGGAAAUCUCAGAAUGCGCACCACAUUGAGGCUGCAACACUUUGAGUUUUGAAUUAUAAAUAUGUUUUGUUAUGAAAUAUAGUAGUAUUUAGUGAAGUUGUAACAUUUAGUACACUUGUACAGAACAGUACAUUGGUUUAUGCUUGAGCACAUUGAUCAUUGUCAUCACAGGUCGACUUUUGACUGAAAGGAGGAACUUGUUUGCCCUAAAAUAUUUAUAAGCCUUAAUGCAUAAUCCAAAACAUUAUAUAGCAAAAUAACAAAAACAAUGUGUAAAUGAAUACUUGGUUAGAAAAGUGACAUUAAGAGCUCAGAUAACUGUUAUACCUAUUCAGAGUUGAUUAAUCAUUGCUUUGCUCUCUGCGUAGCUCGUCGCAAGAGGAGGGAGUUGUACUGUACAGCUUAAACGACUGGGUUUAGUCAUUCUAAUUAAUUCAGACUAUGAAUCUCUGUUUUUAAUGGCUAUGCUUUCCCAAUUUUGCUGCCAUGGUUGCAGUAAAAUUCAAUAAUGAAAAAAGCCCAUUUGAGAAUAAUGCACACAAGCAAUGCCAGUUUUUAUUUGGAUGUUUUUUCCUUUAUUAAAACAUGCUAAUGCAGUCCAUUAGGCUUACGAGAUCCAUGCACAUUACAAUAAUAGACUGCAAGAACCAAUUUUUAAAUAAGCACUAAAUAGAUCAUGUUAGAUCAUUAUGAAGGAGGCUGGAUUGUUUAUUUCUUUUCAUUGGGUAAAGCAGCUUAUGAAACAGUGAGCUGGUUUUCAGUCAUUUACCAAUCAUUUACAUACAUAUGUGUGUUGGUGCGCCCCCCCUGGUGACAUGCUAUAAUAGCUAAUGAUAAGAAUCAAAUAAAAUGAGUGUAAUUUCUUUAUUGCAGUAAUUUUAACCGGUUCUCUUUGUAGUGUGUGUAUGAUAUGAAGGGUGGUGUAUUUUGUGUUUUGGUGCUUUGACGUUUACACAUUUUUAUUAUACAUAUAUUGAACACAUUUAACGGUGUCCACGAUUCAGUAAGAUUUAGUUUUGCUGAUAAACAAUGUGAUUCAGUAUUGAGCAAAUAAAAUAACAAAAAUAAAAAAAGGAUUACGGCUCAGAAAUGG